AUGAAGACCCUCAUCCUUGCCUUCCUGGUGGCUCUCGCUCUUGCAAGAGAGUCUGUGGAAAGCCUUUCAAGCAGUGAGGAAACAAUUACACACGUCAACAAGAAACUUGAGAAUUUCAAGCGUCAGGAACAGCAGCAAAGAGAGGAUGAACGCCAGAAUAAAAUCCACCCCCUUUCCCAACAACAGCCUCUAAUCUAUCCUUAUGCUGAUCUCAUCCCUUACGCUGUCCUUCCACAGAAUGUCCUGCCUCUUGCUCAGCCUGCUGUGGUGAUGCCUUUCCCUCAGCCUGAAAUAAUGGAAGUCCCCAAAGUUAAGGAGAACAUCGUUCAUAGGCGCAAAGUGAUGCCCUUUCUUAAAUCUCCAGUAGUGCCCUUUUUGAACAGCCCAAUCCAGACUCUUCCUGAUCUUGAAAAUCUGUACUUUCCUCAGCCUCAGCCUCAGCCUCAGCCUCAGCCUCAGCCUCAGCCUCUGUCUCUGCCCCUGUCUCUGCCUCUGCUCCAGGCCCUGAUGCACCAGAUCCCCCAGCCUCUUCCUCAGACUCCCAUGCUUACUCCUCAGCCACUGCUGUCCAUUCCACAGUCCAAAGUCCUGCCUUUUCCCCAGCAAGUGAUGCCCUACCCCCAGAGGGACAUGGCCCUACAAGCCUUUCUGCUGUUCCAGGAGCCUCCCCAUGAGGCCCAUCCUGUGACUCAACCGAUUGCCCCACUUUACAACUUUGCUCUUGUUUAAGAGAAUUUCAAA